AUGCCGCGCGUGUUACCAUUACGCGAUGUCGCCGGCGGGCUUCUCAAUUCCGUUACGCACGCCGUCAAAUAUUGGCUACAUUACACGAUUGUCGCAAUUGCAUGGCUUGGCGUUGUGCCUCUCACAGCUUAUCGUACUUAUAGAUUUUUGUUCACGGGAUCCUUCAACAUGCUGCUAACACUUCCUUUGAACAUUUUUUCGAUGGAGAAUCUCGCCGUUGACGUGUUUCGCGGAUGUUUCGUCGUGACAUGCACUCUUUUCGCUUUCAUUGGACUCGUUUGGUUGCGUGAACAAAUUUUGCAUGGCGGCGGACCUGAUUGGUUAGAACGUGAUGAACCGCCCGUAGCUGUUGCCGAAGCAAAUCAGCAGCAAAAUCAGCCGCCUGUUGUCGCGCAACCUCAAGCAGCUCAAGCUGAUGCGGCGCAAGAACCGGCGGAAGAUGUCGUCGACGAGAAUGAAAACAACAACAAUGACGAAGACAACAAUAACAACGAUGGCGGACACAAUAACAACAACAAUGCGAACGUUAUGGAUCACAAUCGCCCGCAAAACGAACCUUUGAUAUUUGUGCAAGAGCCGCAAGCACCUCCGCAAGACGUUCCCAUCAACAACGAUCAACCUCCGCCGUUGAUUCAACGCGAAGAAGCUCAAGAGCCGCAAGCACAAGAACCCGAAGCUGCUCAAGACGACGGAAAUUGGAAUCCAAUGGAAUGGGAUCGUGCCGCCGAAGAACUCACAUGGGAGAGACUUCUCGGGCUAGAUGGUUCAAUGGUAUUUCUCGAGCAUGUAUUUUGGGUUGUGUCUCUAAACACCCUUUUUAUCUUCAUUUUCGCCUUUUGCCCGUACUCUGUGGGCAAUUUGGCAAUUUCUUGUUUGAAAAUCAUUCGACCCGGAAAGGCGCUUGUUCAUAUUCACGGCUUAUUAACAACUCUUUUCGGAUAUUGCAUCAUCGCCGUGAUUCUAGUUGGAUUGCAUGCCAUCACGAGAUUCCUGAGACUUCGAAAGCCACGAAGAGUAUUGGGAUUGUGUUACAUCGUCGUGAAAGUUUCGUUGCUUUCGGUUGUCGAAAUUGGCAUUUUACCUCUUGGAUGCGGCGUUUGGCUUGAUAUUUGUAGUUUGCCGAUGUUCGAUGCGACAUUGAAAGAUCGUAAAAUCAGUUUUAGAGCAGCACCGGGUACGUCACUUUUCAUCCAUUGGAUGUUUGGAAUGGUAUUUAUCUACUAUUUUGCGUCAUUUAUCGUCAUUUUGCGAGAAGUUCUUCGACCCGGAGUUUUAUGGUUCUUGCGAAAUCUAAAUGAUCCCGAUUUUAGUCCAAUUCAGGAAAUGAUACAUUUGUCAAUCUUUCGUCACACGCGACGACUAAUUGCUUCAGCGAUUAUCUUUGGUUCAGCAAUUCUUUUGAUGCUUUGGACCCCAAUUCAGAUUCUCAAGUACUUCAAUCCCGGAUUCUUACCUUAUACGUUGUCGGGAGACUCGGAAGUGAAUGAAUUGAGUUUGCAACUUUUACUUUUGCAGAUAAUUCUUCCGGGUUUCUUCGAACAGUCUCAUACACGAAUUUGGUUAAAAGGGAUCAUACGAAUAUGGUGCAACGUCGUUUCAUGGAUGCUCGGGCUCAAAAGUUACUUAUUAGGUUCAGAGCCGCGACCAAAUGAUGAUGACAAUGCGAGACAACAACCUGAACCGGGAGCUGGAUUAGCUGCUGCUCAUCAAGCAAUUUUACAACGAGAUGUUCCCGUCGGCUUUCAACCAUACGAUAAACCAACGAUUUUUGGUGUUCGUCUUGUUGGAUUAGUUUUGCUCAUGUGUGCGAGUUUAGUUGUUGGUAGUUUAUGCACUUUGACGAUCCCCAUCUGUUUGGGCCGAUAUGUGAUGACACUCUGGAGUCUCGGCACACAUUUGACGCCCCAAAAAGGAGAUACGCCAACACGCCCUCAUGAACUUUAUACCGCUGCAAUGGGCACGUAUUUGUGUUGGGUAAUGUCACGAGGCAUCGCUCUCGCUGUCAAUCUCUUUCCGCAAGGCAGACAAGCUGUGAUACAAAAAGUCAAACAUUGGCUAAGUGUGGGUGCAAGUUACGCGAUGGCAGCAUCGAUUUUCGUACUGAUGCUCGGCGUAAUUCCGCUGAUGUUUGGUUUGCUGCUCGAAAUGGUUGUUGUUGUGCCGUUACGUGUGCCGCUCGAUAAAACGCCCGUUUUCUUUCUCGGACAAGAUUGGGCUUUGGGCGUUCUUUACACGAAAAUUGCAUGCGCUUUAACGGUAAUGGGACCCGAUUGGCCUCUCAAACGUGCCAUCGAACAAGCGUAUCGCGAUGGUUUGCGAGAUAUCGAUCUGAAAUUCAUCAUUCGGGAACUUGCGACGCCCGUAAUUACGGUUUUUGGACUCUGCUUGGCAGUUCCUUACGUGCUCGCACACUCAAUUUUGCCAAUUUUCUUCGUCAAUCAACAUACUCGCAUUCUGAUUGCACGCAGAAUCUAUCCGUGUUUCCUGUUGGCAGCUGUCAUGAUUGCCAUCAUCAAUUUCCACAUUAGGCAAUUCAAGAAGUUGUAUGUCGCAAUCAAAAAUGACAAAUAUCUCGUGGGCCAAAGACUCGUCAACUAUGAUCAUCGCAAGAAGAGAGCUGCUGCUGUUGUUACUUCAACUUCGACGUCGCAACAGGCGCAAGACUAAAAAAAAUAAACACACAAAAGAAGCGAACAGUGUCUUAAAUCAAACUAUUUUGUCCAGUUUUAAAAAUUUAAUGCAAUCAGAAUUUUUCAUAUUUUCUCCGAUCCUCUUCCUUCUGUCUCCAAAAGUACUUGAGAAACAAAAUUAGAGUUUGGUAGAGCUUCGCCAAUUUUACUAUUUACAUACAUAUUACUUUAGUGUAACGGAUGUACAUUUACCUACAAUUUAAUAUUAAAACAAAAAAAAAUUAUAGGAUAUUGAAAAAACAAAGAAUUUAAAAUUUUUUGGAAUAGAGCAAAUUUCGUUUUUACCUUUUUGUACAUACAUAAGACAUUAAUUAUUUUAUUGAAUCCUGUUGUUAUUAUUUAGUGGAAUUUAAUUAAAUUCUGUUUGAA